GUUCAGUGUGUCAUUGGUUGCCCUGAACAAGUUGCUGGGAUUGCUGUCAGUUGCGUCUAAGCCAAAGUGGACGCCAUGAAUCAGGGACACGAGGCUGCAAGGGGGGAAGUUCCCAGUGGAUAAUUGGAAGCUGCCACAUGUAUAAAACUUUAAUCCAGCUGACACCUUGACAAGCCGCCGGAAUAAGUUGACCACCCACGCUUUCAAGUUGCACAUCCCAGUCCAGCAGAGAUGGCAUAGAUCUGUGACAGUGUCACAGGAUAUCCUCAACCUGGAGGAAAUGAUGUGCCUCUGGGACGCAGGAUUCUGCUCUUGGUGUAUUUAAUGAGACUGCCCGCCUCCGCUGCAAGAUUCUCUUUGUUUUGCUGAUGGCUCCAAACUUGAUGCAUGUCUGAUCCCGGUGGGGGUGCCGGUCUUGAGCUGGGGUGGACAAGGUCAGAAGUCACACGACACCAGGAGGAAGUUUAUUUUCGGCAAAAACUGAAAGAUUAUCAACCAGAAUGGCAUAAAGAUAAAUUCUAAAAAUGAAAUCAAAUAUACAACUGGAUUCCAAGACAUCAGCAUGACAGAAAUCGCAACAUCUGUUUGGAAGCUAGUUCCAAAAUGUAUGCUGCCUACUCUAAACACUGGCUUAACUCCACAUGAACUUUACACGGAUUAACGUUCAGGAAAACAAAGUUUCAUUCAUUUUCAUUCAGAAAACUUUCGUUAUUCUGACCAGACUUCCUUUUGUCGAAAUAUGUGUCAAACUGCUGCUCAACAACCAGCCUGUCAAACAAUAAUUGAGUUAUAAAGAGAAAUCACUUUGAAGAGGGAACAAAUUGCAGAAUUUGUCAACACUGGUUUCCUCAGAAGAUCUGUUUCCUGGCUUUCCCACAUUUUUGUCAGAUAAGUGGAGAAGUAUCAUUCAAGAAGGUGUCGCAAUGUUUGCUCACAGGCUUCAGAAACAGCAGUGGUUUUUCUAUUUGCUGGUUUUUACCGUGCUCCUGUUAUCUGUCGCUUUUACUUACACGGACAAGAUUGAGUUUGCACUUAAAAAAUUAUUCGCUGUGAGAAAGUGCAAAUGUAACCGUUGUGUGUCAGAAUUAAAUGAAUCAGCGUGGUUUGACAAGCGAUACAUUCCCACUAUGUAUCCCAUUCUGACCAAAAAUAGCUUCACACUUCCUGAGGCAUCCUAUAAAUGGUGGCAAAGGCUUCAAAGUGAAAGAAAGCCAUCCAAUUAUAGCAGCAUCAUGGAAGAACUAUUUAAGCUGUUUCCAGGUGAUGACAAGCUCAUGGACCAGGGACCAAACAGAUGUCGGACCUGUGCAGUCAUAGGAAAUUCUGGUAACUUAAAAGGAUCUAACUACGGGCCAUCAAUUGACUCUAAUAACUUAGUAAUGAGGAUGAACCGGGCACAGACCACUGGCUAUGAGGCGGAUGUAGGCAGUAAAACUACACAUCACUUCAUGUACCCUGAAAGUGCUCAGAAUCUGGCAGAAAACGUUUCUUUGGUUCUCAUCCCUUUUAAAGUAUUGGACAUCAAGUGGCUAAUUAGUGCUUUUACAGCAGGCAACAUCACUCGUACUUAUAUACCAGUGAUGCGUCACAUCAAGGCAGAUAAAGACAAGGUAUUGGUCUACAGCCCACAUUUUUUUAAAUAUGUUUAUGACAACUGGAAUGAACACCAUGGAAGAUACUCCUCGACUGGCAUGCUGGUCAUAGUUUUUGCACUUCAUGUCUGUGAUGAGGUGAAUGUUUAUGGGUUUGGAGCCAACAGCUUAGGACAUUGGCAUCAUUACUGGGAGAAGAAUGCAGGCGGAGGAGCCUUCAGAAAAACAGGAGUACAUGAUGGAGAUUUUGAAGCCAAUGUCACAAAGAUGCUUGCCGAUGUUGGUAAAAUAAAUUUAUUCAAAGGUACUUGACAUUGAAGCACUGUGAGUGAGCUCCAGGCAAGCAUUAUGCAUCUGUGAAUAUCUUUGUGUUCACUGAGGUGAUGGAUUGUUGAACUAGGAAAUUGAACGUUACAUUGGAUACUCAGAAAUUCAGCUCCUAUUUGGAAUUAGCCAAAUGAAAAGUCAGACUGCUUCUACUCUCUUUGAAUAAUGUGCCUUAACUCCAGCCUUAGAAAAUCACGCCUUACUAAAACACCACUUUUUUUUUGUUGCCUAUUUUAUAACUACCUUUGACAAGUCUGUUUCUCAAUCCAGCCUAAUUUGUACCAAAUUACAAGCAAUUUCUUGACGUAUAUCAAUGAUAGACUCUUUUGAUAUAUUCACCAUGUCUGUCUGUAGCUUUAGUCUGAAAAACAGUUCUUCGGUUAGAGAAUGAGGAGUAGGCAGAAUCUGACUGUUGUGCACUAUAUUAAAACAUAAGAAAUGUCAAUAAUAACUUUGAGUUCAGUAGGUGUGAUCAGAUCAUGUAGACAACUUUCCACUAGGGCCAAGUUACAACAGGAUUAUCAACACGAGAGAGGCUGGCACAGCCAACAACCUAUGGUAAAAACAUUAGUAGCAAGAAUAUUCUUGAAUUGUAAAUAAAUGAAAUUUCAGAGAGAAAAAGCUAGACACUUUAUUGCAUUGAUGAAGCCUAUAAAUGAAAUGUGAAGAUUCAAGAAUGCUCAUUGACAGAUUGGGUUAAUUGGUGUUGCUGUAUUUAAAUUCGAGACCUUUUUUAUCUUAUAGAAACUAACAUUUAACAGAAUGUGAUAUGUUUACGCACAACACUCAAUCCAGUUUAGCCAAACAUAAAUCUAUAAACUCCAGAAUGACAAAGUGGAUGAAUAUGGCAUCAAGUAGAGUGAUUUUUCAGAAAAUUUUUGAAGCUCCAACACUGGCCUUUACUCAGUUAAAUAAUCCACACAAUGUUCCAGGCAACAGAAGAGAAACACCAGUCAGGCUAUGUCUUUCAAUCACAGUUCAGUUACCUCAAGUUCACUGUGUCCAUGGGGGUAGAUAUUGAGUAAGGUCAGAAUCAGAGUUAGGCUAUGUUUCUAGUACAAUUGAGUCGCCUUGCCAUGCUUAUUAUCCAGACCUGAAGUUGGGUGAACUUAAUCAGAUUAGUCAGCAUCACAGAAUUAUUUCCCAGACUGUCCAUGCUAUUCAGGAGACGAGCAAAGUGAAAGAAAUCCCACCAAUCUUCAAGCAGCUUUUUGCUGUCAAAAAAUGUUGGUGCUUCAUGAAAAAUUAAGGGUUUAGCAUUUUUCAUUUUCUUACAAAUCGUGUUGAAAGUCACUAUCACAUCUUGGACUUUAUAUAACAAGCCACCCCCAACACCAAAACAAAAUGUUCAGAUUCUUUUUCACUGAAGUCCGUGACCUUUAAUCUCAUUACAUUAACAUCCUGAAAGGACAUUGAUCUGAUUAUGAUAUUAACCAGUGAAGUACUUAAUUGGAUUAGGUUUCAUACAGAAGUAUAUCUGUUUGGGUUGAUAGGGAUAUAUAAUUGUUUCUGCUUCCCUGCCCUGAUCUGCAAAUCUGCAACAAAUUGGUCUUGGUAUUUAUUCUCAUUGUUUGAUGACUCCGAAUGGCGAGACUAUAUAUCCAGAAAGACCAGGGAAUUGAAUCUGAAUACAGACCUCACCUUAAGUAACACUGCUAUUGUUGACUUGCUGCCUCGGAGUAGGAGAAUGAAACAGCCAGGAUUUCUGCUCCUGAUCUCUAGACUGUUGGAAAGUAUACCCUUGUGGCUAUUGACUGAAGAUGGGAGCAGAUUCAGUGUGAUGCUGUCUCAGUGGUCAAAGUAGCUUGCUGGCACUCGCUAUUGAGGCUCACUUAUAAAGCAUGGCCGCACAAAUUCAAGUCAAACCACACUCCAGCAGAGUCACCUUCUCUCCUGAAAAGGUCUCAAGUCUCUUCACUGUUCAACCAAUGUGCUGGCCAGUGUUAUUCUCCUGUUGAUGGACAGAAAUGUGUGCUUAUCUACAUGGUCAUUUUAGGCGUUUUAAGUAGAAAUGAAACUGAGUAAGGCAAAUCCGCUACACUGACAGAAUGAAAGUUGAAAAACACUACCUCGUACACUGAAAACUGGGCUUUUGAAAAGAGGCAAAACCAAACAAUUAUUUGAUGAGACCAAAUUGCUUUAAACUGGCCGUAAAGUGCUUUCCAUGACUCGUGCUGUGGAGUAACAGUAAAACAAAGAGGUGAAGGCAUUUCUUGUAUUAAUGCAUCAUAGUUUAGUCAGCCAUCAAGCAAUUACAUAAGCAAGCUAAAGUCUUAGAAAAAAUACUUGAAGAUGGCUAAGUUGAAAUUGAUGGACAUCAAUAAUGUAUGUGUGCUUGUGUAUGUGUGCGAGUUCAUUAAAAUGGCUUGUUCUCAUGUUAUCGGGUGAAGCCAGCAGAGUUAUUUAGGGGACUAAUAUAUACAUGCAUGGCUCUUCACUUCCCGCUUGAAAAGACUGUCAGAGGAGAGAUAAUACCUCGAGAAUUCUAUCUCAUCUGAUGGAAGAUGAACUUUGAAGUGAGGCUAUAAGGGGUAAUUCCUGCCAUCCCAUUCCUCCUUAUUCCCACACUCCUGGGAAGUGCUAGUUGAACUUAGAUCUACAACACUAUUGGCCUUACUUUGCAAAUCUCAUAUGUUAUCCCUACAAAACUAGCAAGUGGGAAGUUAUUAACUGUAUCUAUCAAAUUAGUUGAUGAAAUGGAAAGAUGCUGCCACUAUAAUAGCUCCUGAAUAAAUAUGAACGGCUCUAUUGUUGCACAGAAUUUUUCAGUAAGUUGUGUAUUAAUGGCAGCCAGCUAGUGAUCUGCCUUUCAAGGUUCUGAUGAUGGCCACCUGAACUGCAGGCUUUCAAGGAAUAUCUUUCUAUCCUAAAGUAAGACUUAGAUAUUGAAGUGGCCCAGUAAUUCAAGACUCGAGAUUUUUGAAGACUUGAAAAGAGUCAAUGAGAAAGAAAUCGAAUCAGAGAUAGUAGGAACUGCAGAUGCUGGAGAA